AGAGCUGGCAUGGAGCUGACAGGCAUAUUGUGAGGGUCAUGCUCCAUCAUCAUUGACAGCUGGAGAAGCCAUCACAUGCCAUCGGCAGCAAAGCACAGGGAAAACCAGGCAGUGGACCGUGCUUCCCGCCCUGAGGCUGCGAGGCACGAGCCCCAGCAAUGGAAGGAUUAAAAGCCUCUCAAUUUAAAAAGACAGGGGGAGGGGAGGAGAAUGUGGGCUGCACAAUUUAUAAAUAGACAUUACCGAGGCUGCCUGAUGGUGAAGUGGUUGUUUAGUAAAUCUUUCUCCUUUAAGGAUCCCAUUAUCGGAGACCAUUUGAAAAUACCAGUUUUAUUUCGUCUUUUGGGGGAGAUCCUGGGUUUCAUCCAGUCAGCCCUGUUGGAUGAUAUUUCUCUCUGCCAGAUUCGGGGACAGGCCUUCAAUAUUUUGAAUCACCUUUACAUGGAGCACAGAGAUGAUGAUGAUGAGGAUGUGUCUUUUGCCAAAUGGAUGAGCAGCUUCUGGGGUCACAGCUGGAUAGAGGAGGAUGAGAGGGGCCUCCGGGACCGCCACCGAUCGCAACACGCCAGUUACAGGAAAACCUCCCUGCCCUGCCCAUUUCCUGUGCUUCCCAGAAUCACAUCGUCUGACAGCCAUCCUAGAAGGCGUUCUCAUGAGGACCAGGGAUUUCAAUGCCGAACCCACAUGCAGGAUUACAGAAAAUGUUCAGGGGACGGGUCAUUCAAAGAGCCACUGGAAUCAACAGGAAGAUCCCAUUCCAAAAUGCAGGCAUUUUCAGAGUCUUCUGAACAGCAACUGUGCUUUAGGACCAAACGCUCUGUCUCUUUGGGACCUGAGAGCAGACAGGAGAGAAAUGAACGAGAAUGCCUGAGGAUGGAGACAGGAUCCUGUAAGAAAGCAGAGGAAAGAAGGAGCUGCAAGAAGACAGAGCACAGGGAAGCAUACAUGGCCGCCCUGUUUGAAAAAGGGCCCAAAUAGUACUGUUUCCACAUCACGACUGCAGAUGCCACUAUGUUUCUUGAGUUCCGAUUCACCAUGCCAAGGGGUGGAAGCUGCAAAAGUAUCUGCAGAUGCUGAGUGACUGGAGUGGGCGGUUCGUUCGGCUGUUCCCCAGGACAGCUUGCGUCAUACUCCACUGCUCUGGCAUCUUCGUCGAGAGUGUGAUCUGCUCUGUUGCCCUUUUAUGGGAAUAAGAAGAAUAAAAGGUAUUUUAAUAGAAUAAAGUAAUUCUUGACAACGUAAAGAAAAGUAUUUAAAGUGCCACCCACACAUCUUCCCCAACCUUCUUCCACAUCAACCUCGGAAAUAAUUUUAAAUAAAAGUCAUCGGUGUGA